AACACGCCGGAUGUGGUUCUGGUGUAUUUCAGCACAUCAUGGAUUUUAAUAACAUCUCAUUUGACUCGUUAAAGAAAAAGAUCGACGAGGUUCGCCGUUUCCUUUCCGUGACUUUACGCAUCGCGAACGCGCACACUGUCGAUUUCUACACGCGUGACGUGUGGCGCGCGUUCAUGGCUGUGACGCCUGAGGAGGUUUUAACUGCUGUCGAUUCAUAUCGUGACCGCACGGGGGCGCCAGAAGUGAGCACUAGUUUCGGGUUUUGCGAUGUCAGUAAGAAGCUGGCGGAUGUCUCGGCUCUCCUGAGGGCGGCUGAGGCACACUCUCUGCCAGGCCUGGGGGUGUGUGUGCAGCGGGAGACACUGAUGGACACGCUAAGAGUGAUGGACGGAGACACCCAAGAUAGGAUGUCAGAUGGAUCUCUGCUGCUACCUGAUGAGUUCAUGAACUCUAAGAAGGCACAUGAGGUGCCUGCUAUGGCUGAACUUGUGGCUGCUUUAUCCAGAUGCUGCAAAGUCAAACAGGUUAUAGAUGUGGGCUCAGGUAAAGGUUACCUGUGCUCUUUCCUCUCCAUGCAGUACAGCCUGCAGGUAUUUGGCAUCGACUGCUCCAGCACAAACACGCGUGGUGCCCACGAAAGGAACAGGAAGCUAAAGAAGUUUUCCAAAGCCUACCAAAAGCACGGAGUCAAGAACAAUCCAUAUAUUCAAACUAAAGAAACUAUAGACAGGAAAAAAAUAGAUGACGAACAAGAAACGAGAACGCAAUUCCAUCAUACACCCAGACUUUCUCAAAAGCAGGAAGAGCAUGUCACAGAUAGAAAUAAUGAUGUGGCUGAAGUGCAGUGCUGUUCUUCACCAGGUCUGGACAAGGAUGCUUUCUCAGCCCAGAGUGAAUCAGACUCAAUACAUGCUGAUUUAGAGAACUCCUUUUUCACAGCGCUGGCACCUGACAUUGUGGAGCAAGCAUCUCCUCGGGUUCCCCCCAGCCAGCUGAGUGCAGAAGAGAGAGAGAGGAGGAAGAGGGAGAACCUCGAGAGGAAGGCACGGAAUGGAAAAGGCAACAGUGAUACUAAAAACCUGUACUUACCAGUGACGUCUUACGUUACAGCUGAAACAGAACUCAGGACACUUAUUACAGAGCUGGAGGAUGCCGUCAUGGUGGGCUUGCAUACGUGUGGAGAUCUGGCUCCCAGCACACUGCGCAUGUUCAAGGACAAACAGGAGCUUCGGGCCGUGUGCAGCGUGGGCUGUUGCUACCACCUACUUUCUGAGGAGUUUAAUGAAGAUGCACAAGAGUGUGAGAGUGGUGUGUAUGGAUUUCCCAUGAGCCAGUACCUACGCGAGCAGGCGUGUUUCUGCGGACGAAAUGCCAGAAUGUCUGCAUGUCUCGCUUUCGAAAGAGUGUCAGUUGGAGGAGGGCUUCCUAUGGAGUCACUCUUCUAUCGAGCUGUUCUUCAUGUUAUAUUACAGGAUCACUAUGAUUCCCAUAAGAGUGAGAAGCGGGUUGGGAACGUUUAUUCCAAAGCGUCCUCAUUCGUGGACUACGUGAGGAGAGCGCUCAGGAAACUAGAACUGGAUGACUCAAAGCUGUCAGACAGUGAGAUUCAGAGAUACCAUGACCUGUACAUCUCUAGAAUGAAUGAGAUGGUGGCCUUCAACAUGUUAAAGGUGACUUUGGCUCCCUGUAUUGAAGGACUUAUCCUGCUGGAUCGUCUGUGCUACUUGAAGGAACAGGUAAAGAAGCCAGAGGAGAACGUGUCCUACUCGGCCCUGGUGCAGCUCUUCAACCCGCUCCUGUCCCCCAGAUGUUACGCUAUUGUCGGAAUAAAGGGACCUGGUAUUUUAUAAAGCCCAUAUGUGCUUUACAUCAAGUCUGCUUUUUAAUGUAGAACUUUUAUGGUUUUAUACUUUCAUUGUAUGUUCAUGUGUUUAUUGCUAUUUUUCAUUAUAAAUACUGUCACACUUA